UUGGACUUUGGCCCAUUUGGCCCUUUGUCCUUGGUUCAUUUUUUUAUUUGUUUUUUUUUAUAUGGUUUCAACCAUUUCAACUUUCAAGUUUUGAUUGAUUACAUUCCUACCAUACCUACCUAGUACUUACCUCGUUAGAUAGUAGAUAGUUUUUUAGGGUUUUAUUAAAUACCUAUCAAUUUUUAAAAAUGCAGUGUUUCGUGCCUGUCUGCAGUAAUACGUUAAGAACACAGUCCGAUUCUCCUGGAAUUACUUUUCACAGGUUUCCCACCACACCCAGAGUCCGCACGGCCUGGCUCCAAGCUCUCAAUAAACAAGGAUCUCGCGUGCCACGUGGUGCCGUAGUUUGCUCACAGCAUUUCCUGACCGAUGACUUCUGUGAAACAAGGAGUGGGUUGAAGAAAAUUCGGCCCGGAGCUAUUCCUUUUGUGCUAAAUGACAUACAAUCGUCUGAUGAAAGUCAGAAACCAACAGGUGAACACAAACAGGCAGGAACAGACAUUGUAUAUGAGGCACUGGACACUAUUAAAAUAAAAAAUGAACAAUCACAAGAGGCUGUUUUUGCUAUGGUUAGUGAGACACUUUUUAAACAGGAACCUUUAGAUCAGGAAGUUACGGAGCUAAAUUUUGAUAAUUUCUAUGAUGCAAACUUUGAUGUGUUUAAGAAUGAGAUAUAUGAAAAUAGUAUAGAAAUAAAAAAUAGUAACAGAAAAGAUACUCUAUCUAUAACAAAUUCAAGUCCAAGGACUGAGAUUGAGAUGCUGGAAUUACAAAAAAGUGACGAAGAAGGUAAGAGUUUAGAAACCCAUUCAAGUCCACAUAGUGAUAAAGAGGAACUGAACAAUGUAACUGCAUCAAAAGGUUGUAAUCAAAACAAAAAUCUAUCGAGUCAAUUUAUCAGCAGGAACAGUAAGAGAAAUCGGCUCAUUUGUGAUAUUUGUCAUAGGACUAGUAAAGAUAAAACUAGUUUAGUUCAUCAUAUUAUGAGAGCUCACACUGGGGAAAAGCCGUACUCCUGUGCGCACUGUCAAUACAAAUGUGUGAAUAAAGGAUACUUAAGAUCUCACAUGAAGACGCACACUGGUGAAAAAUCCUUCACAUGUGAUAUUUGUAAAAAAAAAUUUGCAAACAAAACUGCUUUAAUCAUUCAUAUGAGGACACAUACGGGCGAGAAACCCUAUGCAUGUGAGCUAUGUCAUUACAAAACUGGAUCUAGCAGUGGCAUAAUUCACCACAUGCGUUCUCACCUUGUAGAAAAACGUUACCAUUGCAAUGUGUGUCAAGCUCAAUUAAAAACAAAGGAUACUUUAAGGAACCACAAGAGAAUUCACACUGGGGUCAAACCCUUUUCUUGUGAUUAUUGUGAGUAUAAAUGUGUAAAGAAAUGUUCAUUAACUGUACAUAUAAGGAAACACACUGGAGAAAAACCAUACUCAUGUCAGAUUUGUCAAUAUAAAUUUUCGAGUAACGCUGGUUUAUAUUUGCACAUGCUUACUCACACUGGGGAGAGAGCUCACUCGUGUCAGCAUUGUCAUUCAAAAUUUUCGAGAAAAAGUUAUUUGAAUAUACACAUGCGUGUUCACACUGGCGAAAAACCUUAUCCUUGUAAAUAUUGUGGCUUCCAAUGUACAUCAACAAGUGGACUAAAACUUCAUACAAGGAUUCAUACUGGCGAGAAACCAUAUUGCUGCAAGCAUUGUGGGUAUAAAUGCUCAAGUGCAACUUCUCUAAGAGUCCACAUGAAUGUACAUACUAGACAAAAACCUUAUGCGUGUCAGCUCUGUCCAGUAAAAUGCGCGCGAAAAAAUUACCUAAAGACUCAUAUGAGGGUUCACACUGGGGAGAAACCUUACUCUUGUGUAGUGUGUGACUGUAAAUUGUCAUCCAAGUCAGGAUUAAAGAGCCAUAUUAAGUACGUACACAACAGGGAAAAACCUUUUUGCUGUAACUAUUGUCAGUAUAAAUCAACAAGCAAACAUACUUUACAGUAUCAUAUAAGAACUCACACUGGUGAGAAACCGUAUUCUUGUCAGCUAUGUGACUUUAAGAGUUCUUCUAAAAAAGGUGUGCAACUUCAUACCAGGACUCACACUGGUGAGAAACCCUAUUGUUGCAAUGUUUGUCAUUAUAAAUUUGCGAUGAGUUCUGGAUUAAAGAGGCAUAUGAGAACUCAUACUGGGGAAAAACCUUACACUUGCGACAUGUGUCAAAAUAAAUUUACAAGGAAAAGCGAUGUUAGUAUACACAUUAUGAUGGCUCACGAUGGCAAGAAACCUUAUCGUUGCAAUGUUUGUCACUAUGAAUGUACAGUGAGUGCAGCUUUAAAGAGGCAUAUGUUUAUUCACACUAGGACGGAACUUUAUUCUUGCGACGUUUGUCAAAAAAAAUUUACGAAGAAAAUCAAUUUAAGAAAACAUAUGAGGAGUCACACAUUUUAGUACCUAUCUGAGUGUAAAAUCGCGAGUAUUUUUUGCUUAUUUUGCACUCGUUUCUGACAUCCGAUUAUCGAAUGACUCAUGCUUAGUGACGAAGGUGCAGUGAUGAAAGUUUAGAGUUCAAACAAUUUUUGGCUACUUUUUAGCGCGCUUUCUUUUUUUACUAAUCUUUUGGCGCGUGGCCAAAAUUCGAACUAAUCCGCCAUCUUCUGAUCUUUCGAAGUGUCACGCUGUCCCUUUGUAUUUUGUACUAGCUGAUGCGCGCAGCUUCGCCCGUGUGGGUUCGUCAGAUCCCCUGCAGCAUCAGGAUUGAGGAGUUGGACUCCAAAUUUUUU